GAACCACCAUCAAUUCUGAAGAUGAAAUUGAUUACUAUGGUGUCUUAAAAGAGAUUAUCGAGUUAUUGUAUUAUGGACACUCAGGCCGACAGGAGACUGUAGUCUUAUUCAAUUGUGAUUGGUAUCACACGAGACGGGGAAUACGCGUGGAUGUUAAACACGGAAUUGUUGAUGUCAAUCCAAGCUUCCAACUUUCAACAGGAGAGCCAUUUUGCCUUGCUAGUCAAGCACAACAAGUUUAUUAUACUCCAUAUCCGGGUACAGAUAGAAUUACUCGGGGAUGGUUCACAGCAUGUAAAAUAAAAUCUAGACAUCUUAUUGACACCUCAUCAACCUCAUCUUCAGCAGAGAUUGAUGACAUUUUUCAAGAUGAUGACCCCCCCAUAAUGCAAGGCUCUUCAUUAGCUAUAGAUUUAGCUGCGUACCAAUCACUUCAACUCCAUGCAGAAGGUGUUACAGAAGUUGAGGUUAAUGCUGAUGCAUCCGAAGAAGAUGAGGGCUGUAGAGAAGAAAAAGAUUCAGAAACUUCAAGAAAUAGUAGUGAUAGCAUUGAUGAGGAGGAUGAUAGUUUGGCUAAGAGGAGAUCUUCUUCCUCAGGAUUCCAGGGGCAACGUAAUCGUGACCAGCCGCAGGUGUUCUCUAGUAGUGGCAUAGCUCAUGAUAUAGAGCAGACGAGAUGUGAUCCAUUGAUUGAGGAUAUGGAUCAUUUGACAUCUGAUCAUGAUACUGAGGGCCCUUCAUCCUCGAAGGGGAAAAAAGGACGAGGACGAAAUUUGAAAGGUCUAUGCCCUCCAAAGAAUAGAGAGAGUAAGACCUGGGUUAAGCUUACUGAUGAUAAGCUUCAGUUUGUUGAUCCAUCCAUUCCUCGAGCUAUCACUGCCUUAUGGAAAUGGAGUGAUAAUAUGAGGGAUGUGAGGUUAAAGUGGGUGAAGGACCCAUCUUAUAUCCCAUGUUGGAUGCCACCUCAUUUAUGGUCUCAGCUACUACAUUAUUGGGAUUCUGAUGAAUAUAAGAUGCUUCAAGAAAGGGGAGCAAAGAAUAGGAAUUCAGGGGAGAGAGUGACUCACACCACUGGGCCAAUUAGCUUUGGCAUCCAUGAGAUGCGGAUGACUGAAGCUAGAGGUGGUGUGCAACCUCCACAUCAAGAGAAGUUCAAGGAGACACAUACCUUCAAAAAGAAGGUGGCAACGAAUCAAGAGCCGAUGUGGAUAAAUGAAAAGGCAAAGCACCGACAUGUAAAUACUUAUAUAGCGGAGUGCUUAGAGACCCAUGGCUCCGAUCCUAGUUCGUGGCCACGCAUGGAUCAUGAGGCAUGGGUUAAGGCUAUUGGAGGUUGCUCGUCCAGUUUCAUGCCAGGGAUUGGCUCUCAAGUAAAUCCAGAGGAUGUUGGAUUUAGCUACAGGAAGAGGCCACCCCGAGACAACUUGAUGGCAGCGAUUAUGAUGUCUGACUUUGUUGAGGAGCAAGCACACCACACUGAGGUGGUGGCAAAACAAACUGAAGAGUUAGAAAGACAAUGGCAACAAAUUAUUAUGAUGCAACAACAGCUAGCCCAGAUGACACAAGCCCAAAAUAGUCUUCGCAUGAAUACACCUGUCACCUACUCUACUGAUUCUACACAGACCUCUCCUAUUGUGCCUGAACAUCAGCAGCAGCAGCUUCCGCCUCAAGAUGAUGUAUACCAUCCUGUUUUCGAUCCAGACUAUUCAGCUCCUUAGUUUUGUUUUUUGCUUGGUUAUCUGCUUGGUUAUCUGCACACUCUAUAUGGUUGCCUUUAUUUCUAUUAGUACUUUUAACUGCUAGCUUUAACUUUUUAUUAGGAUAUCUUUUCAUAUUUUACUUGACCUCCAGUAAUCAUGCUUGAAGUAUGAACUUUUGGACUAUUUUGGGGGUUAAUUGUUAUGAAUUGAAUAUCAUGUAGUUAUUUAGGACAAUGGCAUAUGGUUGAUAUACUUUAUGGUUGUAGUUGAAGAGAAAAAACUACUUUUAGUAUGGUAAAGUUGUAGAAUAUGUGCUUUUCAUCACAAAUGCAGGUUUAAAAAAAUUGGUUAUGAUCA